AUGACGGAUCGGGAAGGAAACGGUGAACGGCGUCAAUCCGGUAAUGAAAAUCAAGGACAUAUUGACAAUCCUUUCGCGGAAAACAGACGCGAAAAUUUCAAUGCAACAAAUGUAGCUGAAUUAUAUAGGGACAGGACAGAUUUAGGUUUCCAAUCAAUUUUACCUCUGCAGCGACCAUUUGUCGCAAAUGAUGAAGAAAAUGCAGGUAUCGCGGCGGCUCGCUCUAUUGCUGAUAGCUUAACAAUACAAAAUGCCCUAAUGGAAAUAAAGGUUUAUGAUGGAAAGAACAUGUCGGUCAAGGAUUUUAUUCAAGAUGUAGUGGUAGCUGCUUCGAAAUUUCCCCCCGAAUAUGAAGGAACGUUAAUUACUUCGGUUUUAGGAAAAUUAACAGGUCCAGCGAGAGACUGUACAGACAACAAGCAAUUUGCUAGAUUGACCGAUAUAAUAGAGCUUUUAAAAGAAAGAUUUGCACCAGGACAAGCGUUUGAAGUGUAUUAUGCAGAAAUUAUGAAUUUAAAAAUGUACAGGAAUGAAAAUUUACCUGACCUUUAUGAUAGAUUAUUGAGAUUACUUAGCGGGGCAAGUUCAGCCCUACGCGCUACAUUCGAUGCUAACACAGAGGCAGUAACAACCAAUGUUGUGAAACAUACAGCAUUAAAAACGUUUGUUAGAGCGUUGCCAGAUGAAAUUGCGAACGCAGUAGAUGCACGUGCGCCUAGAAAUUUAGAGGAAGCAUACAAAUACGCAAAAGCGGCGCAAGAAAGAAAAAUGCAACCGAUUACAGGGGGUUAUUCGUCAUAUAUUACCAAUUAUAACGAUAAUAGUCAAAGAGUCAUGAAAACUCGAUGGGAAGAACAAAAUGAUUUUAAGGGUUACAGGAAUUACGAUGAAAGAAGAGAUAAAAAUAGAUAUAAUACCGGAAAUCGGUCUAGUAGGGGACGAUAUCAGGAUUCGGAAAAUUAUCAACCAAGGUACGAACAAAGAGAGGAGAGAAAUUAUAAUAUAAAUUAUGGUGAAAAUAAUUAUGGGAAAACUCAGGAUGAUAAUACAGGGCGUAGCAACGACUAUAACGACCCUAGACUUUACAACCCUAACGCGGAUAGAAACAACUGGGAAAAUAGAUAUCAAAGUCCAAGUAGAUACAUACAAGAAAAUUGCUAUAAUACAAACGGGCCCAGAGAAAAUUGGGAAAACAGAUACCCCACAGAUUAUGCAAAUAAAGAAAGAAAUAAUUACUCUAAUAGUAGAACAGCAUCGGUAGAAAGAAAUAAUAGUAACAGUCCUUUAAACUGGGAACUUGCUCGUCGAGAAGACGCGACGAUGGGCUCGGACAAUCAAAUGCGUCCAACUACGGUGUGGUUUCAGGAAACCCCAUCACCUUGA